AUGUCACUUGAUUUACAACUUAAUGAAAAAGAUAUGCAAACACUUACAGAUACAAUGAAAGAAAGCGAUGCAUAUAAGGAUAUCCAAAAUAAAACCAGAGCAGGAGUUUUAUUAUGCGGACAAGAAAUGUUAAACGAAGUACCCAACUCUCAGUUGGAACAAUUCAACAAGCAGCCACCGAAUGAUGCUGAUAUUGAAAUGGCUCUUGCAAUCGUUAAUAAUUACUUAAAGGCUCGCGGUCUUAAUAAAACAUCCACAGUUUUAUCAGAGGAGCUACCAGUUAAGAUCUUUACAGAUGGAGAAAAGAAGGCUAAGGAAUUCUCAAAGAAUUUCCAGCAAUAUGAUAAUUUGUUGUCAACAGUUGUAGCUGCUGUUACAGAUUAA